CAGAUCUGUGCCGCAGAACGACUCGUGUCCUUUACGCACCGAUUCGUGCGCAUUCGGGCUUUAUUCCUUUUAUCCCCUAAUCCAGCACCUCCCUCCUCCCUGCUCUUGGUCAGACACUGACAGACUUCACUUGCCUUCUGGAAGAGGGAUUCUUAUCGUGGUUUUUGUUUGGGUUUGUUUUUGUUGCUUUGCGACAGUUCUUUUUUUCAGCGGGGACUGUAAAAGCACAUUGACGCAUACGCGCGUUUCCACAUCCUCGGCCCAGCUCCGAGCAGCGCCGACAUGCGACUCCCCUCCGAGUCCUGGUCGCGCUCUAUACAUGGAGAAGUCCUCAUUGUUUGGAGAGAGAUCCUCGCCGCAGGCUGACUGACUAUGAGCACCACAGAGCUUCAGGCCACUAACCGGCAGAACGCGAAGGAGCUCGACAGCAUGAAGGAGUCCAUCAGCGACAUCAUCAACCAGCUCCAGGACAUCGACCCGGCCCGGCUCUCCUUCUCCCCCUUCCUGGACCUGGACACUCAGAUCUCUUUGGCGCCUGUGUCAGACAGCCCCGAGUCCUCGAUGGAGGAGCUACACUCGUCCUCCCACUCCGUCUCCGGCUCCCAGCAUUCCCUUGAACCGCCACCAGCAACGCAUCAGCCAAAGAGCUCUGCUCCCUGCCACCAGCAGCCCAGCGACGGCCUCCCAGAGGAGCUGCAGGCGGAUCAGACGGAGGAGGGGGAACUGGAUCAAACUCUUUCCAGUCCAAUCAUCGCAGCGCACGACUUGGACGCUGCCACGGAAAACUUCAUCGGCACUCCAGCCCCGGCCUCUCAGGGAGACCUUCCCAACGGCACAGACACGCCGAGAUGGAGUCCAGAGUCCACCAAUCUGGACUGCAGUGCGGACGAGGGUCGACCUCUGAUAGGCCAGCCGCCAGAGAGCGUGGAGCUGACGGUGUGGCGCUCCGAGGGGCGGGAAGAGACUUGUGAGGCCACAGAGGAGGCUUUGGAUCGGGGACGCUGCUGCUGCUGCUGCUGCCAGUGUAAAUGCUGUCAGAGCGGCCGAGUUCCCGCUUUCUUCUCAGUCCUGGCGUCUCUCCUGUGUGCAGCUGGGAUCCUCUAUGCACUCUAUUUCUAUGUCCCCAUUAAACCGCCCGACUGCCCCGACAUAGCCAGCCGCGUCAUUUUCACCUCCUGCUGCUGCGUGGUGGCGGCCGUCCCCAUCCUACUCGCGAUGCUCAUGGGCGCGGCGUGCCAGUUCUGCACAGGCUCCUUCAAUCUGCUGGAGCCGUUUCCACGAGGACGGGCGGCUCAGCAGCUGUUUGUCACAGCGUCCUUGGAACAGUUACUACUCUAUGUCCUCAACCUCGUCGUUAUGGCCGCUUUACUGCCUCAAGACCAGCUGAAGUUGGUGCCUAUACUGGUUGCCAUGUUCAUCUUUGGAAGGCUCGUUUACUGGGUCAGCCUGAACGUGUGCAGCUCCUGGCGGGGCUUCGGCUCCGGCCUGACCGUCUUCCCGCUCCUUGCCAUGGUGGCUCUCAAUCUGUUCCUCAUGUACACGCUGAAUCUCAAAGAGCCACUCUUUGGAUCUCAGGACGUCCUCUAUAAUCAGGUCACCCCCUCUUCCUGGUCAGGGGAGACAUCACAGAGCCCAAGUGGCAAACCAGACAUCCUACCCACAGACAUCCUGCACUCUCAGUGAGGAGGCGAGCGGCGCUUUCUUCUUUCAGAGGAGGAGAUCUUUCCAAAAAUAGGCCAUUCCUGUGGUCCGUAGUUCAGCACGCUGCCACUAUAACCUCCAAGUGUGUGACGGAUCAACUUGUGCUUCUGCUCCUCCUAUACAGGACUGUUUCUUAUGUGGAUUCAUGCUUAUUAUCUGUAAUGUAAGAGCUCCUUGCCCACUAGUGGUGGGCGAGGCCUUUGAACAAUGCUGUAGUCUUAAAACAUUUUUCCUUUUAAGCUAUUCCAGUGCCUAUAUUUAAUGUUUUGAACUCUUUAGUACUUAAAAACUCUGCUAUAUGUAUAUGGCUGAAUUUGGUUUGACCCUAAAAAACCACGAGCAAAGCAACUUCAAUUAUCAGACUUUAUUAUUAUUUGAACUGUCCUAAAAGAUUGUACAUGAUGAAGGAAGAAUUAAAGCCAUUUGUUAAAAAAAAAAAAA